AUGGCAUAUCUAGAGACGACUCAGUUGAAACCUCCGCAGAAACUGUCGAGACAUUCGAAUCCUUACCACAUAAAGCGACCAAUGAACGCAUUCAUGGUGUGGUCAAGACUGCAACGGAAGAAGAUAUCUAUGAUGAAUCCGAAAUUGCACAACUCUGAGAUAUCGAAACGGCUCGGUUUAGAGUGGAAGAGUUUGGACGAAUCGGAGAAGAGGCCUUUUAUUGACGAAGCGAAGAGGUUAAGAAUAAAGCACAUGCAAGAUUACCCGGAUUACAAGUACCGGCCGCGGAGGAAGAACCGGUUGGAGGCGAAUUUUACAAACCCAGCGAUUUAUACCACACGGGAGACGUUUGUGGAAGUGGAGCCACGCGCGGAGCAGAAUUACCAAAUCCCGUUGAGCUAUUCGGAGCCGUAUGUGUAUAACAACAUGAUAAGUUAUUCAGUGCCGUCGAUACCUCAAGCUACAUAUGUACCUACCUCGAUGAGACCGAAGGAAGAAUCGCUGCCAAGCCUCGAUUUGAGGCCUUUGCCGUCAAUUGAAAGCAUCUCCCCAAGACCCUUUGCAGUGGUGAACCAGCAGAUGAUGGUGAAGGCUUAUCAAGACCUGCAUUAUGGGCCUGGUGACGUCACAAGGAUCUCUUAUCAUUAUCCUUUUGGAGUACAAUAG